AUGGCCGCUGCCGUCUCCGCCGGUCUGAUGCUAUCUUCUACCCGCAACGCUCAUGCCGAAGAGCCGCUCUCGGACGACACAAGACUUGCCCGGAAGCCUAUCUACGAUGACACCCCUCUGUCACACGAUCCUACGCCGACACCAUCGGACCCUUCUACACCCAGCCAGGACUACCGACCGACACCUACCGACCGGCUUGCUGGGCAGAUCAAGCACGCUCGAUUAGCUUUCUACGGCCAAGCAACGAAGGCGGAGGACGCCGUGAACAAUGCGCUCACGAAGACCCUGGACCUCGAACACUCCUUCACCAGCACCAUACGCGGUCUCGCUCCGCCAAAAGAGUCCAGCGAAAAGCUUCUCCCCGGUGCCAUCUACGUACUCGUCGCUUCCAUGGCGGGCUCCAUUGUGACACGCAAUCGCAACAUCCUACUCCGCGGAACUGUCCCAGUCUUCGUUGGGUUAGGUGUCGCGCAAGCCGUUAUUCCUAUCACAAUGGGCAAUGUCGGCGAAUUAGUGUGGAGAUACGAGAAGCGGUUCCCCGCGGUUGCGGAUGCCCAUCUCAAGACCAGGGCGCGGAUAGAGAAGUUCAUUGACACGGGCAAGGCGCAUACCCAGAUGUCGUUCUAUAGGGUGCAGGAUACGGUGUCAGAAGCGAGGGAGAAGAUGGAGGACUGGGUUAAGAAGGGUAAAUAA